AUGAGUGCAGCGGCUACGAUGCCCAUGCCGUCUAAUUACGAUGAGAUCUCUAUGCAGCAGAGCAUGCUCUUCUCUGAUAGUCUUAAGGAUCUGAAGAAUCUGAGAACACAAUUGUACUCAGCAGCGGAGUAUUUCGAACUAUCCUACACAAACGAUGAACAAAAACACAUAGUGGUGGAGACACUGAAAGAUUAUGCGAUAAAGGCUCUGGUGAAUACAGUUGACCAUUUGGGCUCUGUUACGUAUAAAGUGAAUGACUUUGUUGAUGAAAAAGUCGAUGAAGUAGCUGGAACCGAGCUACGAGUAUCUUGCAUUGAACAGAGGCUAAGGAUGUGCCAAGAGUAUAUGGAUCAUGAAGGUCGUUCUCAGCAAUCACUCGUUAUCGACACUCCAAAGUUCCACAAGCGUUACAUCUUGCCUUCUGGUGAGAUCAAGAAAGGUGGCAACCUAGGAAAGCUCAAGAGUUUUGAAAGUAGUAUUGGUGAUGAAGAAGACUGGAACCAGUUCCGAAAUGCUGUUCGUUCUACAAUUCGGGAAACACCUCCACCGCCUGUUAGAAAACCGAUACUUCAGUCUCCGCCUUCACGGAAACCUCAACGUUCAGCAACAUUUUCGUUCUCUUCUAUCUCCACGGCACCAAAGAAAGAACAAGAUAAGCGAGCAGUAUCACCGCAUCGGUUUCCUCUGCUAAGAUCCGGUUCGGUUGCUAUCCGACCGUCAUCGAUCAGCCGGCCAACAACCCCGACCAAGACUAGAUCAAUAACUCCUAAACGGUAUCCUUCAGAACCGAAAAGAUCGGCUUCGGUUCGGGUUGCGUUUGAGAAAGAAGCACAGAGAGAACCAGAGCAGCAGCAACAACAACCAAGCAAAAGCAAACGGCUGCUUAAGGCGUUGCUUAGCCGACGCAAAACCAAGAAGGACGAUACGCUCUACACUUACUUGGACGAAUAUUGA